GCGAUCGCCGGCGUCGCGCGCUGCCAUCAAUCCAUUUGUGCGCCGGCUCCGCACAUGGCAUCAUCAGCGGGCAAGAGGCCGUUUUCCCGCGGUCGGACGGACGGACAUGAUGAUGACCGUGACGGGGUUACAGUGAGGAGAAGGCCCGCGGAACGCUCCGGCGAGGACGUGGACAUCAUCCUGGCUCGUCUGAAGAACGUGAAGGCCUUCGAGAAGUUCCAUCCCAACCUCCUGCAGCAGAUCUGCCUGUGUGGAUUCUAUGAAUGCCUGGAGAAGGGCAUCACCCUGUAUCGCCAAGGGGACAUCGGCACAAGCUGGUAUGCCGUCCUCUCCGGCUCGCUUGACGUCAAGGUGUCUGAGACGGCCAACCAUCAGGAUGCGGUCACCAUCUGCACCUUGGGCAUCGGCACAGCGUUCGGGGAGUCCAUCCUGGACAACACCCCGAGGCACGCCACCAUCGUGACCCGCGAGUUCUGUGAGCUGCUGCGCAUCGAGCAGAGGGAGUUCAAGUCUCUGUGGGAGAAGUACCGUCAGUGCAUGGCUGGACUGCUGGCCCCGCCGUACGGUGUCAUGGAAAGCGGACCCAACAACGACAGAUUGCCGGACAAAGAUAAUUUGAGCAGCAAUGCAUUAGGUUCCCUCUCCAAAAAUCUGAACAAGAUUCCAUCAGAAAAGAUCCUGCGGGCGGGAAAGGUCUUGCGCUCUGCUAUCCUCUCCAGGGCGUCGCACAUGAUCAGGGACAGGAAAUACCACCUGAAGACGUACAGGCAGUGCUGUGUGGGCACGGAGCUGGUGGACUGGCUGACUCAGCAGAGCUCCUGCGUCCACUCGCGGACGCAGGCUGUGGGCAUGUGGCAGGCGCUGCUGGAGGAGGGCGUGCUCAACCACGCGGAUCAGGAGCUCCACUUCCAGGACAAGUACCUUUUCUACCGUUUCCUUGACGACGAGCAGGAGGAUGCGCCCCCACCCACCGAGGAAGAGAAGAAGGAGAGCGACGAGGAGCUGCAGGACACCCUCCUCUUCCUCUCCCAGAUCGGGCCUGACGCCCACAUGCGCGUGAUCCUCAGGAAGUCGCCAGGCCAGAGGACGGUGGACGAUUUAGAAAUCGUGUACGAAGAGCUUCUCCACAUUAAGGCCUUAUCUCACCUCUCCACCACUGUCAAACGGGAACUGGCCGGCGUGCUGAUUUUUGAGUCCCACGCCAAAGCUGGAACAGUGCUGUUUAAUCAGGGAGAAGAAGGGACGUCAUGGUACAUCAUCUUAAAGGGCUCCGUAAAUGUCGUCAUCUAUGGCAAGGGCGUCGUGUGCACGCUGCACGAGGGCGACGACUUCGGGAAGCUGGCCCUGGUGAACGACGCGCCGCGGGCCGCCUCCAUCGUCCUGCGAGAGGACAACUGCCACUUCCUACGUGUGGACAAGGAAGACUUUAACCGCAUCCUCAGGGACGUGGAAGCCAACACGGUGCGCCUCAAAGAACACCAGCAGGAUGUGCUAGUCCUGGAAAAAAGCCCCAGCAGCGGCCGAACCUCCAACCACAGUGGCGCAUCGACGCACUACAAGUACACCGUGAUGUCGGGCACUCCGGAGAAAAUCCUGGAGCACUUCCUGGAAACCAUGCGCCUGGAUUCGCACUUCCCCGACGCAGACCCGGCCCUGGACGACUUCGUGCUCAUGCACUGUGUCUUCCUCCCCAACGGCCAGCUGUGCCCGAUGCUCAUGGCUCAUUACCAUGCCCAGGGCUCUCAGGGCUCCGAGCAGGAGAAGCUGGACUACGCCCUCAGCAACAAGCGUAGGGUCAUCCGCCUAGUGCUGCACUGGGCCUCGCUCUACGGAGAUCACCUUCAGGAGGAGGAGGCCUCGUUGGCCUUCCUUGAGGAGUUCUACGUGACUGUGUCCGACGACUCCAGGCUCAUCUCUGCGCUCAAGGAGGACCUCCCGGAACUGGAAAAGAUUGUGAAGCACAACUCAGAUGAUGCAAAAUCUUCUCAAAAAAAGCACAAAGUCCUGCUGCGUCAGUUCAGUAUGGGGGACGAGCGGCUGCAGAAGCGCCAACCCAUCCGGAGCAACGAUGAGAUCCUGUUCAAGGUGUAUUGCUCGGACCACACUUACACUACCAUCCGUGUGCCGGUGGCCGCUCCCGUCCGGGAGGUCAUCGCCGCCGCCGCCGACAAGCUGGGGUCGGCGGAGGACCUGCUCCUGGUCAGCCUCAGCUCGGCCGGAGACAAGGUGGUGCUGAAGCCCAACGACGUUUCGGUUUUCUCCACGCUCGGUAUCAACGGGCGCCUGUUUGUGUGCCCCAGGAACCAGCUGGACUCGCUGACGGCUCUUCCAGAGCAGGAGGGUCCCACUGCUGCAUCCUUUGGGACCUUUGAGCUCAUGAGCUCCAAAGACCUGGCCUACCAGAUGACUGUCUACGACUGGGAGCUCUUCCACUGCGUUCACGAGCACGAGCUCGUAUACCACACGUUCGGACGGCAGACCUUCAGGAAGACCACGGCCAACCUGGACCUCUUCCUGAGGAGGUUCAAUGAAGUGCAGUUGUGGGUGAUCACCGAAGUCUGCCUGUGCAACCAGCUGGGCAAGCGAGUGCAGCUCCUCAAGAAGUUCAUCAAGAUCGCGGCCCACUGCAAGGAGUACAAGAACCUCAACUCGUUCUUUGCCAUCAUCAUGGGGAUGAGCAACCCGGCGGUGAGCAGACUGAGCCAGACGUGGGAGAAACUCCCCAGCAAGUUCAAGAAGUUCUACGGGGAGUUCGAAAGCUUGAUGGACCCUUCCAGAAACCACCGGGCGUACAGGUUGACCGUGGCAAAGCUGGACCCCCCCAUCAUCCCCUUCAUGCCCCUGCUCAUCAAGGAUAUGACUUUCACUCAUGAAGGCAACAAAACUUUCAUUGACAACAUGGUAAAUUUUGAAAAAAUGCGGAUGAUUGCCAACACCGUGCGGAUAGUGAGAUACUGCCGCAGCCAACCAUUCAGCCCAGAUCCAUCAUUGGCCAACAAAAACCACCAGGAUGUGCGGAGCUACGUGCGGCAGCUGAGCGUGAUCGACAAUCAGAGGACCCUGUCGCAGCUCUCGCACAAGCUGGAGCCUCGCAGAACCUGAGCCCUGAUGCCAGCGAGGAGCCACAGCCGCCUGGUCCCCCAUUCGUGUCCUGAUUUACCAUCACAACGUCACUCUGCUUGGUAUGCCACAUGCCCUCUCCACCCUCUAUCCACGGAUCCGAGCUCUCGUCAUCGCAAUCUGCAGGCCGGGGGUGACCGCCCUCGUAGAGCCGUUGUCGACUCGCGACGUCCCAACCGUCUGCGUUCAUCUGAAUUUUUCUCAGUUCUAUAUUUUCCAUUUAAUUAUUGUUUUUUUCUUGGUUUUUACUUUAAUUCCUAUUUUGCCCUAACUCUUCUUUUCUGCCAACACACAUUAGUCUCCAGAGAUGUUCUGCACUUCCCUUUGGAUUCUAACGUAUUCUUGUUGAAAGUUAUAAACAGUUAUGAAUAAAGAAAAACUCUGAGCUUGCAAGCAGCGUUCACAUCGUGUCAAAGCUACAUGAUUGCACAGAACUGUUUCCCAUCCUGCAGUUUUAGACGUUAAAUAACAAAUUCUCUCAAUGGAUUACAAACAGUUUAAAAGGCAGUUAUGUAGUAUUAUAGAGAUUUGUGUUUUAUUAAAGGACUGUCAAAGAGUUACUAAUAGAGUGCAAAUAUCAUCAUGUUUAAAAUCGUGAUAUGCUGUGGACAUUUAAAACUAGGUCCUUGUUCUUCGUAUCUCACAACAGGAUAAAGUCCAUGGUUUGUUUUUAUUUUUCGUACUGCUGUAUGGUUUCAGCAUUCAAUUUGGUUAUUUUUUGUAAAGUUAAUUAUGAAUGUUUUGUUUUGUGUGACCAUUAACAAGCGGUUCAAGAUGACUGUAUUACCUUUAACCUGAGCAUGCCGCAAAGUUUAAUAGUAGAGCAGGAAAAAAACAGUUAAACGGAGUGUGUAAUGUACCUACCGACUGCAGACUUUGUAUUUAUGUGUAUUCUGUAAAUAUCGCAUUAAAUGUAUUUGUAAAAAAAUAAUUCUGUUGUUACAAUUGAAUUGUAAAGAUUCAGUCUUCCUUUACUUUCGUUCGGAAGGAAAAUGCUUCAAAGGAAAUGGAUUUGUUUAUGUUUUCUGCUUUCCCUUUUCUACUGAGUUGUAGAUUUUUAAAUGUAUUUCAGUAAAUCACA